UCGCACGAGCGCUCCUUCCUCGAUAACAACAUCCUUACACCUAAUGUACAAUUAUGCAUCUCUACAUACAGGGUAUAAUGGGUCACCUAUAUAUUGACACUUUGAGCCCGUUCUAGCCCGCGCUAUCACUGUUAUCAAUGGCGCUACGCUAGUACCAAACACCGAGCAGAUUUUGACCGCGCGGUGAUAUAGCCGAACUGCAGGAGUCACCUCAUUUAUUAUAACACUUGGACACCGAGAGGUGUGCAGCGAUACCGAAAUACCCAAUAUUGCAUUAAGCAUUGUUUAUUGAAGAACAUUUUAGAACUUUGGAACUACGGUACUGUUAUAUGGUUUAAGCCAAAUAACAGAAAUCAAAGUUUUGUAUUUGUACAAUGUCCGGACUCCAGAAGUCGGGCUAUCUUCAAGUGAAACAGCCAUCAAAUAUAAAAGGACGAAAGUUGAAGGCAUGGAAAACAAAAUGGGCAAUUUUGCACAAAAUGAGCAACAUUUCCGAAGGAACGUUUGCGGCCAAACUAGACCUUUAUCCUGACGAAAGCUCUGUGAACAAAUCAUUACCGGACAAACUCACCUACAUAUUUGAAAAUGUCACCUGCAUCCAAUCUGCAAAUUCGAAGACCCAUAAAUGUGCAUUUGAGAUUGUGGAGAAAUAUCCAGUAAUAUGUCUUGCAUCCCUGAUUGACGAAGAAACAUUGGAAUGGGCCAAAGCAUUCCAGUACAUUUUUUGGCCUCCACCCGGUCCAGAUGGCAAAGACUUGUUCCAAGUCAUCAUUGAAGAGAACGAGGACUCCAGAAAGUACUCACUUAGCGGUGAAUACUGGAUGAUCCUUUCGCCACAGGAAUUAAAAAUCAAGGCGAUGUCAAAGGCUCAAAUGUUGUCUUGGAAACUCAGCAAUUUGAAAAGGUUCAACCUUGAUCAACGCAACUCCAAAAUACUUAUCAUCGAAUCUGGAGCGAAAUCAGACUUUGGCGAGGCAAGAUUUAUGUUCCGGUCAAGCAACGUCCUCGAUAUAUUCCAAUGCAUUCGUAAAAACAUAGCACGUGCUGUGGAAGAGAGACACAGGAAGUUGUCCGUAGGAUCUUUAGAAGGGCGCGGGAGGACGUCGUCAGCUUCCAAUAGUGAGAAGCGAUAUAGAAUGCUUUUAGAGAGAAGCAGAGAAGAUCUGAAUGCGUCCAGUGACUCUAUCGAUAGCUUCAGUGGAAAAUCAGAUAGCACCAGAUUGAGGACUAAAAGUGAAGACAGUCUGCAAGAUCAGGUGUCGCGUGAAAUUUCCCCUCCACCUAAACCUCCACGCUUGCCUACUUAAAUUGGAGAUACAGAUGACAAUCAAAUGUCAAAUUGUUAUGACGAACUUUCCCUCCCUUCAACAUCGAAAGUUGACGCUAAGAAAGAAUCGCCUCAAAUUGUUUCCACUGAAGUCAUUCACGAUAAGGAAAAUCAGCGGUUUGUAGAAGUGAACCAUGACAAUUAUGGUUACAGUCACGUCCAUUGUCAGAUGCCGCAAGAUUCCAGGACCAAUAUCGUACGUUCAGUGUCAGGAUAUGAUGAUGUAGAUUUAAGCCCGACUUCGGAGAAAAAUAAGGUUAUUCCGAAUAGUUUAGAUCGAAGUCCGGACCUUCGGUCUGGUUCUGUCAAAUCCAAUGACUCCGGUUUUGUAGCAUUCCCACAUACUGAUAAUUCGGAUUCUGUGGCACGACCAACGGUCAGUGGCUUAAAGGCUGAUCACAGAAACAACAGUUCGUUUGAUAGUGCAAUAUCUACGUCAUCUUGCGUCGAGUCUAUCAGUGCCGCGGUCAAUGACGUGCUCAUCGUUACUGAACUAUCGACAGGCAACAAAACUUAUGACAACAUCGAUUCCGCUGUCCCUGUGGAUCACAGUGAAAUUUAUAGUGACAUACAUUCUCAUUCUAAACAUGAUAAUCACGUAAACGAUGAAACGGAGACUCAGUACGAGGAUCUUGAAAAAUACAGAAAAGAUCUGAGUAAAUUUCUUGGUAUGGAUCCUCGAGUAAAUCCGAAAGAUGUGCCACCUUCUUUACCAGACAGGCCAACAUCUUUACCAAUUCGUCGGAAAGAGUUCAAGAAAAAGACCAAAAAGACAAAAUCUGGUAGCAGAAAAGUAAAAUUUUCUCGAUUUUUAAAAGAACGGAAUGCAACCCAUAGGCGAACUGCAUCUGUAACGUCAACAUCGUCCUCGUCAUCCGUGUCUGAUGGCGAAGACGAAACAUCUAUACCGAAGAUACCGUCAUUCCAAAUGUUAAAGCACAUGCAGAAAAACACUCUUUAUGAGCAGACUGAUGUUAAACACGAUCAAACGAAAGAAUUGACCGAUUCCACAUCAAACAGCCAAGAUAAUAUCUGCCGCAGACAUUCAUCAGAUUCUGUGCUUAUUGGAGCGUCUAAGCGUCGUGCUGCUACUGCAAACAGUGCAGAUUAUGCUGUGGUACAAAAUGAACCAAAGAAGACAGUGUCAUUUGACUUAUUAACGGGAGAGCUUUUGGACGAUUCUGUCGUUACUACUAGCAAUGAUACAUUGUUACAGACAUACUGUCGCCCACUUCACCAGAGACUCGUAGUUUUCCUCCUGCUGUCGAAAUGUUAGUUGCCAUUGAUCUGCCAGAGAACAAAUCGCAUGAGGUAAUAAUUGACAGCGCGAAAGGAACGCAAGAUCAGCUGAUUUUUCGUGCGAAGCCUGACGGUAAUUUCGUGUGGGAUCCCUUUCCAAAUAUGACAAAAUAUGACCGUCCACUGAUAGACUUUGACAGUAACCAAGACUUGAGUAAUUCCUCGGAGACCAAAUCAAAUUUGUCGCCAAUAACAUUAGAUACAACUUGUUAUGAACUUAUGACAUCUCCCAACGAAGGUUCUCACAAUGUCGAUUCACUCGAUUUAUCGAGUAACAAAUCAGUGAAUAGUCCAGUUUCUACAUCAACGCCAAACUCUAAGUUCGUCGACAACAUGGACCCAUUCAGCAUUUUCAGUCAGGAUACUUCGGCGGAAAAUUUAGUUCAAAGCAGAACUGAUUCUUUUGAAGCUGUUGCUGAUGCCACAAGUGUUCCAAGUCAGCCAAAUGACGUCAACGAGGAACCUACAUACAUGGACAUGUCCAGGGCCACACCUCCGAUUGAGGACGAAUAUGUAGCUCCUUCAAUGGUGUGACGUCCACAAAUCAAUGACAUGCAAUCAACAAUUGCAUGAUAGACACGUUUAAAGAUUUAUGAAUUUUAGAAAACUACCUGGACACCAUACUAAAUAAAUACUAAAUGUAUCAAUUUAGGUGAGGAAUUCGCGUACAAAGUCCACAGUGAUUUGACGCAUCUUUUCAAAAUUUCAAAAUGUUGAAAUCUUGUAACCCUUAUACAAACAUGUACAUGUUGACAUUUUACUCAUAUGGAAGUAUGUGAUAUAUCUUAAAUGCAAAUUAUAUCUCAAUGUCAUAAUAAUACCUUGCUAUAUAUUAUCAUUUUGCUUCGAUAUAAAUUGUUAUGAUGUCUAACAUUUUGUUUUAUAUUGUAUAUAACAAAUGGUUAAAAUCUAUCUUUAAAAUAAUAAUCUGUACGGUAUUGGUAUUUUGUAAAUACACAUAUCAAUUCAGAAUGAUUAAUCUUAACCUAAAUUUGUUUUUAUUUUAAAACAAAUAUAUUCCCAAAAUGAUCACUAUCAAAUAAUUGUUGUUUACUUAAUCACCUAUUUUGUAAAAGAAAGUCCCCAUAAAAGAAAACGAAUUUGUUCUUUUCAUUGUUUCAUUUUUCAGAUGGACAAACAAAAUAAAUGUUCUUAUAUUUUGUCAGAAACUCAAAGGUCCAUAUUGCGACAAUCCCACUACAUCGUCACAAAAUGGUAAAUCAGUAAUAUUGAUUUACUUUUGCUAAUGCUAGUAGCAACUUGUGACAAUAAUUUGAUUGCGACACUGGUUUAGAAAGCGAUACCUCUUUUUAAAUAUCUUGUAGUUUCGGGACCCAAUACAGUUCAAAAAUGUUUUAUCAUUAAUUGACACGCUUACCAUGUAUUUUCUCUUUUAAGCAGCAUUGGUCCAUAACUAUAAGGAAAUGUUAGCAUUUGUAAACAGAAAACAUAACAAUGGAGAAAAAAGUUCAAGCUAUCGGAUGCAAACGCAAUCAUAUUCAUAACUCAGUAAUUUCCGUGUAUGGUUUUAACAUUAUUUUAUAUCAUUAAAUAAUAACAAACUACUUCUCGUUGAUACAAAAACAAUAUUUGAUAUUGAUAAAUAUUGAUAAACAACAGGAAUAUGUUUUCAAAGGCGAUUAACAUGUGCAAAAUAAGUAUCACCAUUCUACUGAUAAUUACAUUUGCAAUCAUCAAGACAAUUCGAUUAAUAUCAAAUUAAUCAACAUCAAAAUGCACU